CUGCCUAAAAUGUGCUGAUGCAUUUAAGCAAUUGUAAAGACAUUGUUCUCUAACUUUACAACAGAUAUUCUUCUCCCACAAUAUGAUUUUGAUUUACAUUUUUAUAGUCUGUGCAAAGUGAAGCAUGAAAUAUAUUACAUUAAUUACAUUGUUAUCUUUCCCAUAUCUGAUCCAGUGAUUUUGACCAGUAUCGUGCAGAUACUGUUAUUAAGUAUCAUAUCAGAGUCAAAAGUGUGACGUUAACUGACUGAUUUCUAAAAGAAACACCGAGACAGUGUAGCCGUUUGAACUGUACAUGUACACCGAUCUCGUCUCUCUGCCACCGACUCAACAAAUGAUCUACAAAGAAGAAAUCUAUGUUAUGUGUGUAAUAUGUGUGUUUGUUUUUCAGAGAACUGAACAUGAAAACAUGAAAGUAGGCAAAGAAAGAUCUGCACACGGAUCAGCGGAGAGGCGGAAAGAUCUGCCUGGGAUGUUCUGUGUGGGAUCUAACGGGAGGCUGUGAUCAUGCUGUCUCAUUAGAUCAGCCUCUCAGCUUCUCUCUCUGUCUCCCUCUCUCUCGGCUGUUUGGGAACAAAACCCAGCUCCUUCAGAAUGUCAGCUGCUGAGGUUUCAGUCAGACCUGAGAUUCACCUUAAACAAGCCUCUUUCAUCUCUCUACACUCUUUCUAAUGUGUUACAUUGUGCUUAGUUCAUAGUUUCAUGUCAGCUUUCCUACAGCAAACAAAUCAACGACUUCCUGCUAAUAUCAGCUGCAGGGAAACAACGAGACUAAAGCAGCUUAAAGACGGACUGUGUCGUCUUUGGCUCCCCUCCUCCACUGUAUCGCCGUCUUUGUAACAAUGGUACGGUUUCCAUGGCAGCUGGAGCACAUUAAGCUUUAGGAUAACAGUGCAAAAAAGUGGGGAGAAGGACAGGGAAUAAUCACAGGGUAUAAAGGGACUAAAAAUAGCAGGGAACUUAAUGCCAGGCAUUAUUUAUUUGUCUAAAGCUUGGUGUCAGUGCCUGCUGUGUAAACAGCAGACUGUUUUUUUUCCAACCUAAACCCCACAGUCUGUUCCUCUGCCUGUGGAAGAAGGGGAGGGAUACAGCAGCACAAAGACAAAACACUCAGUGGCUCCUUGCUAGAGAUGACAGAAGUAGAGCCUGUGUUGGACUUUGCCUCCUCUGGACGCUCGGGGAGGAGAAACGCUCUGCCCGACAUCCUGGGCUCUCCGGCAGGCGUGAACCCUGGAGACCUGCCUCUGAAACUGGCUGAGCUCUCCCUCAAAGAUGGUCCGGGAGCAGCACAGUCACCUACGUUGGAGCAGCCUCCAGCGCCGCAGGAGAGCUCAGAGGAAAAGGAGGGAUCGUAGGGAUGAGUUCAUUUCCCUCCCCAGAAACCUGCAGAGAUAACCUGAGCAACGGAGCUGGAUGAUCUGUGGAGAGUCAGUGUGUUUGAGGAGCAGCUGAGCCACAGAGGGAAAGAGCUGCUGGAGCGACUGAGACCAGCGUGAUGAGACUCUUUGGGACUAAAAAGAUACGCAGUGAUGAAGUGAGUGUGUGCGUAUCACUGUGGACACUGUGUGUGUGUGUGUGAGAAUCAAAAUGACUGUGACAGACUGGAUAACUGUUCACUACUAUUUUUGUAUGAUGUAAUGAAAACUAAAGAAAAACUCUUUGAAAUGUAAAAUAUCUUUGCAUUUGCUGCUGAUUUGUGUUUUGAAGUGACAUGAUGUCAGCAGGACGAGGGUUUGACAGCAGCUCAGACUACGUCUGACACAAAAACAAAAAGAAGUUUGUUGUAGGCUUACACUUCAUCCACAUGGUAACUGUACAGUUUUUAACUCGACUUGCUCAGACUGUUUAGAUCCUUACAACAACUGUGUCCCUAUGGUGCAGGAUGAUACCAUGAAUCAGCCGUUCAUCUCUUGAGACAUUCUUGUAGAGAAUAGUAACCCACUGCCAACAAGGUACACACUCUACUGUGUGUUUGUAGAGGGUUAGCUGCUCUGUCCAAACCUUUGAACAUGUGAGUUUACAUCCUCUAACAUUCCAAAAAGUGACGUACCAUUAUCUAAUGUUAUGGGCUCAGUUCUAAUAGGAGGAAACAAACUGUCAAUCAAAGAUAAAAACACUUUUGUAACGUUCUGCAGAUCCUACAGGAGGAUGGAGAGAACUUCAGCAGGGCUUUUCUUCUUCUUCUUCUUCUUCUUCUUGUUACGUGGUGUAGCGUAUGUCUGCUGUCUGAGCAACACAAUGUGUUCCCAAAAUGGCAGCAUGUGCUCCUUCUGCCUCGCCAGUGUGUUCACACUCAUCAACACAUGAGCAGAGCUGUGAAGAUGGAGAGCGAGAACCGCAGCGAGAGGCCACAGUUUGCUGUAUAUAUAUCUGUGUUGUAGUGUAAUCCCUGUGUCAUACAUGCACCUGUAUGAUGAAUCACACACUGGACCUGAGAACAAAUGCUGCUCUGUGACUGUGUGCGAUGGCCGUGUCUUUGUGUGGAUGUGUUUCACAGAUACAGCCUGCUGCUGCUGUGCUGCUGCUGCUGCACUUUAGUCGUGAGGGUGAGGUGUUGGUGUUGAUGUACUCUGCCGUGUCCUGAUCUCUAAGUGGUGCGUAUAUUUUACUGAGCUGGAUUGAGUCUUUUGUGUUGAUUCUCUCCAGUGGUGAAAACUGCCAUAUUAAACCCACAAACCUGU